CAGAAUGCGACGAGCUAGUCCGGAGCAUUUAUGGAUCUUGAAACUUUCGAGUUCACUCAUUUUCACCCGCUGCACUGAAGGUCUCCUAGGUUUUAUCAGGUGAGGACUAAAGGGAGAGAUGGUUCAAGGGGGUGGGGGUGGGGCAAGGGAAUGAGCGCAAUUCGUGAGGAAGUAUUAGAGCACAGGCUAUGAAGGCAAACCAUCCCUGCUCUUUCCAGGCAGGGCUGGCGGGGGACAGAGCUUUCUGGCAGCCACAGGAGGGGGGCCGAGAAGGAGCAGCAAGACAGGGCUUGGGAUGUGGCUGGAGGGGUUAAUGGAACUACAGUCAUUUAGACCACAUCUAACAUUGUCUUGGGAAGUGUAAUUUACCUCUUCUGGAUCUACAGUUCCCAGCACUCUUAACAAACUAUAGUUCCCACAAUGCUUUGGGGGAAGCCAUGCAAUUUAAAUCAGAUUUAAAUGUAUGCUGUGGAUGCGACCUGGGAUUCUCCAUGUGUUGCCAAGCCUGCUCCUCAGAAGAUGUCUCCCUGGGGGGCCACCAAGGACGGAAGAGCUGGAGACUGAGGUCUGAGCCGUGGGCAAGAGUUGCUUAGAAGCUCUCUUUCAGAGGCUCUGUUGUAAUGACUAGGAGUGGUGCUUGUGCAGUAGAACGUCCCAGGUAAGGCUCCUCCAUUUGAGCUACUGGCUAACAACCCUACAACCUCUCUUUUAAAAAAAAAAAUUCUUAAUUUUCAAUUACUAAAGUCCAAUAUAAACCACAUUUUAACAAUCUCAAAUUACAAUUCAAAUUCAAAUAUAUAUCAAUUAUAAAGCCAAUUAUACAUUUUGCGUGGCCUCCUGUGUACUAGAUUUCAAGGUGAGAUAAUUUUAUUUCAUCUUGCUUCCGAAGUCUUAAUUAAUCCAUUUACAUUCCGUCUUGAUCUUAAUCCCUUAUCAACAGCUACAGAGGUUUUUUUUACUUCCAUUCAUAUUGGCACAUUUAAUAAAUUUUAUUUCUGCAAGAGGAGUUCUGUAUCCCAUAUAUUUCCUCUGUGUGAUGUUUAUUUUGUCCAUGUUGUUUCUUCAUUCUUCCUAUUCUCCAUCACGUCCUGCACAGCACCGCUGCUUCCGCUUCGCUCUUUCUUUUCCUUCGUACCCAGAGAAUGAGGCUGUAAUUUCAACUGUGUCACACACCAUCUUUUUGUUGUUACUGUUUGAGUUUAGAGAGAGAGUAAUCUGGCGACCUGCCAAAGCCUUGGCCGAUCUUCAAAGCUCAAAAUCCAGGUCCUCCCAUGGCAAUACAGUGAAAGUUUGAUGCUUUAAAUCCAUUUCAAUUUUCUCACACAGUUCUAUUUUUCAUUGUAAUCCAUGAAUAUAACCCCGUUCUCUUUUGUCUCCUCUUGCCUUUUAUCAGUUUGUUAGCAUUCAAAGCGGGGGGGGGGGGGGAGUUGCCGAAUCAUUUAUGUAGAAAGAAAGGGUAAAGACUCCCCCCCUCACAUACCAUAUUUUACAUGGAAGGAAGUCUUCUUUCCAGUUUGAAUCGUAAUGGCUUUGUAGCUGUUUCAAUUUAGCAGUUUAUGAUCUUGUUCCAUGUGCUCCAGCACGUGUCUGUAUAUUAGUCAUAAUUUCUGUUAUGUACUGAAGUUCUCACCCUGGGCCAGCAGGGCGAUACUGUAGAUAGUUAUGCAAAUGAAGGAUUGAAAGUGACGUUCAGUGAUUGGAUAGUUUUAGAAAAUGGCAACAGUUACAUUGUUCUGGAGCUCUAUAUAAGCAGGCUGACUGAGCUCCUCAGUUCUGUUCCAGCUUACAAAUAAAGAGCUGCUUUGGAAGAAUUGCUGUGUCGUCUGAUAUGUUCACCCACAACUUAACAAUUUCACUCUAAUAAACAGAAGUACGUCUGCUUCCUAAUGGCUGCGUAGGAGGGUUACCGAUAGGCGAAGUACUUUUGCACUCAGUGCCUCCCUGCCUCCCGUAUUCCAUGCCAGAGCGAGAGCCAGGUACUGAGACAAUUUGCAAGUGAAGCUCAUCCCCCCCCCGCCCCGGGCCCUGUGGGGAGCUUGCAAGGACAAUUACCCUCAAAUCAUCCUUGUUUAUUCUUCGCUAACUGUCUCCACUGGGGACGCGGGUGGCGCUGUGGGUUAAACCACAGAGCCUAGGACUUGCCGAUCAGAAGGUCGGCGGUUCCAAUCCCCGCGAUGGGGUGAGCUCCUGUUGCUCAGCCCCUGCUCCUGCCAACCUAGCAGUUCGAAAGCACCUCAAAGUGCAAGUAGAUAAAUAGGUACCGCUCCGGCAGGAAGGUAAAACGGCGUUUCUGUGUGCUGCUCUGGUUCGCCAGAAGUGGCUUAGUCAUGCUGGCCACAUGACCUGGAAGCUGUACGCCGGCUCCCUCGGCCAAUAAAGCGAGAUGAGCGCCGCAACCCCAGAGUCUGUCACGACUGGACCUAAUGGUCAGGGGUCCCUUUACCCUUUACCUUUAACUGUCUCCGCUAUUGUGGGAGUGGCAUCCAUUAAGGGAACAACCCCACCAACCUCAGUCAACCCUCAGCUACCCGCUGGUUGCAUGUCUUCUAAAUCACAGCCAGUCUAUGGAAUGGCACCACCAAUCAGCUUCCAACUUGGCAGGGAGGAGGAUGGACACAAAACUAGAAUUAGUUGUCUCUGCCUAUUAUUGGCUUUGAUCUCGCCAAUAUAGGCUGGUCUUCCUGCCUUCUGCCCUGCCAAUGCCAUUGGGUACCAGCCACCUCUGAAACUUCCUAGUUUGGUUGUAUCACGUGUUAAUUCCCCAGAGGAGGUGUUUGAGGGGGAGUCAGUUGCGGUUAAAGUUUCAACCUUGAGUGAUUUCUAAACAGAAGGGAAGUGAAAGGCUGUAAAUAACUGCUACACUUGCAAGUUGCUUCAUGUCAGCUGUCUCUUCUUCUGCUUUUCUUUCCUUUCUCAAGCGAAGAGAACUUAAGGCGACAAGACCAUUUGCCUUUUUUUGUUUUCCAUUUCAGGAUUAUGUUUUUCAUGCUGAUUCUUCUUUUCCUAAGGGAAAUUUCAGGUACGUGUCCUACAAAGAGAUCUCAUGGUCUCUGCUCCUGUUGGUUUCUUAAGGAGAGGAACUGUGAGGGAAGGUCCACCAAGGACCACGCCAGGCAGAGCAGCUGCUGCCACAACUUCCCUUUUCUUUAAAACUGUUGUGAAGUCAUGGAGAGCCCCUGGCACUUCUGCAAAGCCAAUUUUGGGCUCCUCAGAGCAGAUGGAAGAUGUUCAGUUUGGGGCAGUGCCUGAAACAGCCUUUUGUUGGUAAUAGUAAAAACGAAAUGUGAAUCUACACCACAGACUGAAACUAACUUAACCAUCCUUCCUUUUACACCAUGAGAGUGAAUGUGAGAGGCCUUGACUGUGCUGUUUUCAGUGCAUGCUUAAAGCAUCUUGGUUUAGACAAGCCUACCCAAAUAUCUCAACUGCUGAUGUGUUUUUAGUUUAUUGCUGGUUUUAAUUUUCUGAAUCUUUUAAUUGUUUUUACUAAUGAUUUUACUGUUUUUUUCCUUUCAUAAACUGCUUCAAGGUUGUUCACAAUUGGGCCAUGUAUACAUUUUAUGAAAUAAAUAAGCAAUAACAAUCAAUGGGCUGGAGAGGGAAGGUUAUUUCAUUUAGGGAAAAUGGCAGGUGAGGGGAACAUAAUGAGGGGUGUAGGAGACAUCUGGAGAAAAUGGAAACAGUAGCAGAAAUUGCUGAUGUUUGCUUACUUCUUCCAUGCCCAGAAUGGAAAUCAGUCUAGCAAAUACAAUCAGUAUUUGGUGCUGUUGCUAUUUUUUCAACCUCCAAAUCAUAUGUAACUGAUUACAGUUUCCCUGCCCCCAUUUGCAUUGCAUUAAUAUUAAUAUAUUGUAAUGACAAUGUAAUUUACAUAUAAUUGAUUGUUUAAGUUCUGUAAUUUUGUCACAGCCGAUAGCUGCCCUACAUCCUUUGGCAUGGCAGAGGUGUCUAAAAGUCUGCAUGAUGUAAAGAAAAUGGACAGAGGUCCAUUUUUCUCCCCCUUUGUUGGUCAUCCAAUGAAUCCAAAGGGGGUGAGAUUCCCAGUGGCCCAAAGGAAUAACUAUCUUGCAAGGCAUUUACUUAAAUUAUGAAAUAUGCCUUCACAGGAAAGAGUGACAGCCACCCAUUUAGAUGGCUUUAGACAAAUUCAUGGAAGAUAAGGUUCUGAAUGGCUACUGGCUUUAGUGGUUACAUACCACCUCUGGUGCCAGAGGCAGCAGGGCUCUGAAUUCCAGGGGAUGAGACUUGCAAGGGAGUCUUGCCAUCAGGUCCCCUUGGGGCAGUGGUUCUCGACCUGCGGGUCCCCAGAUGUUGUUGAACUACAACUCCUAUCACCCCUAGCUAGCAAGGCCAGAGCUCAGGGAUGAUGGGAGUUGUAGUCCAACAGCAUCUGGGGACCCACAGGUUGAGAACCGCUGCCUUGGGGGCUCCCCAUAGGAUAGGCAUCUGGUUGGCCCCAUUGAGGGCACAAUGCUGGAGUAGAAGAGCCUUUGGGCUGAUCCAGCAGGCUUUUCUUAGGCUCUGUCAGCCACUCUCCAACUCCAGCUCUGUAUUAGUUUGGGGAGGUGAUGGCAGUUAAAACGGUGUAACACUGAAGAAAUAUAUACUAGCAUAGAUACAUUCAGGAGAGGGACCACAUUACAGCUUCCAAAGGUUCAGGGAAUUCUUUUGCCCUGAAGUGCAAGAUCCUACAAAUACGAGCCGUGAACACUUUCCUCCCCCUACAGGUGCAACCUUCAUUAAUAUUUAUGAAAAUGAAAAUCACUGGCUGAGCUGCAGCAACACAUCAGCCGAUCAGAAGGAAUCAAGAUGGUGGUUGGGGAAAGACUGCUCCUCCUUGGUCCAAUUUCAGCCAAUGCCUUGUGAUCCAAGUUCUCAGUGCCCAGCAGGAAAGAACCCCACAAGCAGAUAUCGAAACUGUACACAAAGGAAUGUCUCUAUUGCUGCUUUCCCAGGUGGUGGAAUAUUUGCAUGCAAAGCCCUGUCAGGUAGCAAUGCGUCAGAUCCACACCCACUUAUUAAUAAGAAGGACCACUGCAGGAAUUUCAACUUCUUCAUUGUAGCAAUAAUAAACAACACUGUAGGUGAGUGCAUUAAAAGACAACAUGUCAUUUUGAGGUGAAUUCAGAAAGCAUAAGAGUAACAGGUGCACUGGAAAAAGAAAUAGGAACACAGGAAAUCUGCCAUACAGAGUUAGCUAAGGAUUAUCUGCACUGACUCCAGGGUUUCAGAGAGGGUUCUCUCUUGCUCUCUGCCCCUGAGCUAAGAACAUAAUUUCUCUUUUAGAACCAUUUCCAUUUAUGUUUGCCAGUGGGAAUGCAGGCAACAGCCAUGAAAUUCACAGCAAAAGCAAAAAUGAUGUUCUUCCAACUGAGGAUAACUCUAAGAGUCAAAAUAAAUGAAAGACCUUUUUUAAAAAAGAGAGAAGGCGUUAGACCAGAUGGAUGUGCCAUCUUAGUCCUACGCAGAUUAGACCCAUUGAAGUUAAUGGGCACAGCGCACCUGGGUCCAUGAAUUUCAGUGAGCCAAUUCUUGAUAGGAUUAGUAGGAUGCCAUAACUAGCUGGUGUUUACUUUGGCAGGGAGACAGAAUGCAAACCAGUUCAAUCAGAUCCAUGCAGAAUAAGCUGCAAUAAUGCACAGGUCAAAAUUCACCAUUGGAAGCAAAAGUAUUGGAAAGCUCUCCCUUUUCAAACUUUGCCCAUUUUGCUUGAGGGUCACUGACUUGAAUAUGUAAUGUUAGUUUUCAGUGAGGUACAAAUGCCAGAAAGAACCAAGGGGAAGCUUUUGCACAUUUCUAGCAAAUUGUAUGAAAAAAAUGUCAUGAUUAUGCACUGGUACCUCGGGUUAAGUACUUAAUUCGUUCCGGAGGUCUAUUCUUAACCUGAAACUGUUCUUAACCUGAAGCACCACUUUAGCUAAUGGGGCCUCCUGCAGCCGCCAUGCCGCUGGAGCACGAUUUCUGUUCUCAUCCUGAAGCAAAGUUCUUAACCUGAGGCACUAUUUCUGGGUUAGCGGAGUCUGUAACCUGAAGCAUAUGUAACCCGAGGUACCACUGUUACUCUCAUGUGACUAUGCCAUUUUGCAUUGCAGAGAGUAACGUACAUUCAGAAGAAUUAGUGGUUGUUGAAGGACAACAGAACUUCAGUCUUCCUUGUGAAUUUGAUUUGACUGGUGCCGGAGACAUAUUUACUUUGUAUUGGAUUAAGGAAACAUUUGAAAGGAGGUGCCUUGCUUCUGUUUCAAAUGAAGACCACUGUUUUUCUAAUAAUCUAAACUGCUGUGUUGGCACCAAGAUCAAAAAGAGACAGGUCAAAAAUUUGACUGACCCACUUGACAGACAUCAAAGUCAUUGCCUGACAAUUUUCAACACCACCACUUCAGACACUGGAGUGUAUUUCUGCCUGGUUGCUGUUUACACCAACAGACACGUGUGGAAGAUUGUAAAUAAUGUGACUGUACAAGUGCGAAAAGGCAACAGUGAAGGUGAGUUUAGAAAUUAUUUUUAAAAAUGUGUUCUCUUCCUUUAGUUGAGUGUUGGAUGCUCAGAAACUCUCCUCAUUGACUGGGGACUUAGGCAGGAAGGGCAGGCACCCCGAAGGCCUUCCCUCACCACUCAAGACAUUUGGGAAACUCUCAGAGAAACCCUUGUGGGGGACGGAUCAUGGUCAUCUGCCCUCAAGUUGGGCUCUGCCACGAGUGGUGGGGGAAAACAAUCAGUUCAGAACUUUCUAGUUUACCCUUCUUGAAACACUGAAAUUAAUACAAAUGUAAGGUUCUGCACUUAGGCAGGAAGAACCAGAUGCACAAAUACAAAAUGGGAGACACCUGGCAUACAUGUGAAAAGGAUCUAGGGAUCUUGGUGGACCACAAGCUGAACAUGAGUCAACAUGAAUGUGAUACAGCAGCUAACCCUAUUCUAGGCUGCAUCAAUAGAAGUCUAGUGUCCAGAUCAAGGGAAGUCAUAGGACCACUGUUCUGCCUUGGUCACACCACACCUGGAAUCCUGCCUUCAGUUCUGGGCACCACAAUUUAAGAAGGAUGUUGACAAGCUGGAAGGUGUGCAGAGGAGGGCAAGCAAGAUGAUCAAGGGUCUGGAAACAAAGCCUUAUGAGGAAUGCUUGAAGGAGCUGGGUAUGUUUAGCCUGGAAAAGAAGAGACGGAGAGGUGAUAGGACAGCCAUCUUCCAAUAUCUGAAGGGCUGUCCCAUGGAAGAGGGAGGAAGCUGGUUUCCUCCUGCUUUCGAGGGGAGAACACAAAGCAAUGGAUUCAAGUUGCAACUCCACUUACCUUCAACAGGCUUGUGCGGGACAGUUGCUGCAGAGGUUUUCUCAACUGGCUUAAACCCAAAACAGACAAUGUUUUUUUUGGGGGGGGGGAGGGAGGUGCUGGUGCUCACCAUGAACUUAUUACACUGAGUGCCACACUUUUAACAUUUGAAAGGGGGAAAAAAAGGUGCCGGUACUGCUUACCCUUGAGUACCCCCAGAAAAAAAAAGCACUGGAAGGAGUAUCCCAUUAAAAGGAUUUGGGAGACGUUGCUUCUGUCCAGACAUCCAGGCAGGGGCCAUAGCACUCCUCAAGGUGGCGAUCCCAUGGGGCAUUCCUACUUGAUGUAUGUCACAGGACCUCACCAUUGUGUUGACCUCCAAAAAGGCUACUUCCAGCAGGUGGCUGGAUGUUGAUGGUUGUGUCCAAUGCUUAUGCCAAACCUUUGACAUUUGCAAUCGAUAAAGAGGUGGCCUGAUUUGACUCAAAGCAGUGCUGUUCUGUCUGGUUCUUCUCUGUGAGUCAGGCAAAGUGGGCUUGGGGUGCCUGGGCACGCAGAAAAGAGAUUCUGACUAAAGACCAGGAAGAACUUUCUGACACUAAGAGCUGUUUGACAGGGGAACAGGGUCUUCUUUGAGUAGGACUAGCAUUGAAUUCCACUCCCCAUAAUCCCCAAAGCUCUAAGCCUGAGAAAAUACAGACAGGAUUUUGGCUUGUAUGAUCAUAUCAGCAGAUCAAUGUUUGCCAUCCAUUAUCCUCACAAAACUUUGAGGAAUGUUUAAGUAAUUUGGAAACAAUAAAAUUAGCCUGAGGCUGCCAUGUUUCUUUUCCUCCACCUGAUACCAUAUCAUAUUGGAAUCUCUUUUCAGGGUCUACUUUUACAAAAGAGCUACAGAUCUCACUGGGAGUGGUAGGAGGAAUUGUUCUGAUUAGUGGGAUAAUAUUGUUCCUUUGCUGGAAGAAAAAGUCUAAAGGUAAUGAAAGAAGAACAUAUUAUAAGGUGGAAUCAAAGGUGACUGUGUGAUUUGCAAAAGCAUUUUAAACUGCUACUUAAUAAUGCAUAUAUUUUUUGUUUGACAGGAAAGGCAUAUGAAUCGCAACAAAGGUACUACAUGUCAAACAAUAUAAAGAAUUCUGCUGGUGCUUCUCUCCCUUCCAGACCAUAAAAAUGACUCUAAAUUUAUCUCUUCUAUUUAGGGAUCAGACCACAACUGAAAUGGAAGAAGACUGUAAGCACAAGCCCCCUUUUGAAUAAUGUUAUAAGUGGUGUCUCAUGUAAGAGAUAUAGGCAAAUGUCCAACACAUAUUCCUUAGAGGAUGUUACAUGUGUCACAUUUAGUGGACACGAAUCAUUAAGUGUGAAUUCAGAUAGUUAGCAUUCAUGCAAUUAAAAUUCUGCAUAGAACUUGAGCAGGUUAGGAAAGGAGACUAGGUCGGCGAAUGCAAAGACGCCAUGCAAGAAAAAAUCUUGCUUGUUGGAGAGAAAGGUGCACUUUCUGCCAUAGGAGCCAACUCUGAGGGGUCAAGGUCCUUUCGCCCUCCCAAAAAUAUUUUGAAGGGGCUCCCCCCCCCCCGUUGAUGGGUAGUGCCAUUUAAAUGGUGUGUGUGUGCUGUGCCAUGUGAUUGAUUAUGCAAGGUAGGGCUUACCUGCCCCCCAUAUUUUAUUCAAGUUGGCACCCCUGCUCCCUGCCAUGCUAGUUGUCUAGAUGCAGGGAAACAUUCACAAAUAUGAUCUCUCAGCUGCUGUAAUGGGAAGGUGGUGGUUCAUUUUACCACCUUAGGAUUCUAGAGCUUCAUUCGCAUCUCAUUCUGUGGGGGACUCUUUCCUUUUGUGUGGGGGUCAGCCAUAUUUCCAGACUGCACUGGGGUAAUAAAAAUCCUUAAGAGGCCCUCAAGAAUGACAGUGACCAUUUCAGUUUGGAGCAGCAGGGAAGGGUCUAGCAGAGGUUCAAAAUAAUAAUAAUAAUAAUAAUAAUAAUAAUAAUAAUAAUAAUAAUAAAUUUAUUUGUACCCUGCUCAUCUUGCUGGGUUUCCCCGGCCAAUCUGGGCGGCUUCCAACAAAGAUUACAAAUACAUUAAAACAUCAGUCAUUAAAAACUUCCCUAAACAGGGCUGUCUUCAGAUGUCUUCUAAAUGUCAGAUAGUUGUUUAGCUCUUUGACAUCUGAUGGGAGGGCGUUCCACAGGGCGGGCGCCACUAUUGAGAAGGCCCUCUGUCUGGUUCCAUGUAACUUGGCUUCUCGCAGUGAGGGAACCGCCAGAAGGCCCUCGGAGCUGGACCUCAGUUUCCGGGCAGAACGAUGGGGAUGGAGAUGCUCCUUCAGGUCUACUGGGCUGAGGCCAUUUAGGGCUUUAAAGCACCAACACUUUGAAUUGUGCUCAGAAAUGUACUGGGAGCCAAUGUAGGUCUUUCAAGAUUGGUGUUAUGUGGUCUCGGCGACUGCUCCCAGUCACCAGUCUGGCUGCCGCAUUCUGAAUUAGUUGUAGUUUCCAGGUCACCUUCAAAGGCAGCCCCACGUAGAGCGCAUUGCAGUAGUCCAAGCGGGAAAUAACCAGAGCAUGCACCACUCUGGCAAGACAGUCUGCGGGCAGGUAGGGUCUCAGCCUGCGUACCAGAUGGAGCUGGUAGACAGCUGCCCUGGACACAGAAUUAACCUGCACCUCCAUGGACAGCUGUGAGUCCAGAAUGACUCCCAGGCUGCGCACCUGGUCCUUCAGGGGCACAGUUGCCUCAUUCAGGAUCAGGGAGUCCUCCACACCUGCCUGCCUCCUGUCCCCCCAAAACAGAACUUCUGUCUUGUCAGGAUUCAACCUCAAUCUGUUAGCUCUCAUCAAUCCUCCAACCGCCUCCAGACAUUCACACAGGACCUUCACUGCCUUCACUGGUUCUGAUAUGAAAGAGCAGAACCACUGUAUGACAGUGCCUCGAGCUCUCAGCUCCUCUGGACUGCCCAGAAGGAUGUUAUGAUCGAUGGUGUCAAAGGCAUGUUGUGUGCAGGCAUUAGAAAUGACAUGCUGUGCAGGUCUGCACUUUCUGACUGUACAUCUGGGACAGAUGUUUUGCACCUCCAGAUGUUUGCUGAACUAAACUCCCAUCUGCCCCAGCAAGCAGGGCCAAUGGCCAAGGAUGUUGAUGAUAAUACUAUUAUAUAAUUUUUAUUUAUUUAUACCCCGCUCAUCUGGCUGACUUGCCCAGCCACUCUAGGCGGUUUCCAACACAAAGAAUAAUCACAAUAAUAAAACAUCAAACAUUAAUAGUAACAAUCUGAUCCUAUAUAAAUAGUCACAAUAUCUUUAAAAUAAACAACCUACAUCAAAUAAAGCAAAAUUCAACAAUCCAAUAAAAUUCAAUAGUAAACAGCAAAAUCAAACAUCAAAUAAUAAUUAAACUGUUUAGUAAUUCUUUAUUGUAAUAAAUGUAAUCUAUAACACUGGUCAACAACAAAUUUGUUGUCUGCGUUUUUUCAGUUGAUUUAGGACGAAUUUGAUGCGCUGAAUCCAAAAAUCACAUUGGUUUUGCUCAAUCAGGUCAAGUUUUUGAGCUAUGGCCACAUGUCUUUUUUAUGUUUUUGUUCACAUGUACGCUUGUGUGGAGCAUUUUAGAAGAAGUUGGUGGGGGUGAAAUGCCAUGUCGAAUAAUUGUUUUGAUUGGAAAUGAUUAUUUUAAUGACAAGAAGUAUUCAGGUCUGAUAGUUCUGGGUGAUUAUGUCGAAAAGGGAUCAGUUUGAAGUCAUAAAACCUCGAAAUCUUCCAUAAAUUGGUGCGGCUGGGAUCAACAGAAAGAACCGGAGCAGCCUCAAGUAUCCUAAUCUUCAAUCAGCACAUCGUCCUGUAGCUCAUUGUGAUGAAAUUCCAGUGCCUAUCUUCGGAGAACUUCCUGACAUUAGUGACGAAGAUGCCUCCAGUGUUGAAGGACAUGAAGAAGAAGUGGUUCUUGAAGAUGAUGCUCCACAUCCAUUUUCCCAGAAGGAGUUGAAUGAUCUAGUUCACGACCUCAGCUUGUCGAAGGACUCUGCCGAACUGUUGGCAUCCAGAUUGAAGGAAAAAAACCUCCUCUCUGACAGUGCUCGCAUCAGCUUCUUCCGCAACAGGCAUCAAGAGUACCUCCAUUUUUUCUCGGAAGAGAAGGACUUGGUGUACUGUGCAGAUAUUGUGCAGCUUCUGCUCAAGCUUGGAGUGCCACAGUACGAACCCAAAGAUUGGAGACUGUUCAUUGACAGCAGCAAGUGAUCACUGAAAUGUGUUCUGCUACACAAUGGCAACCAGUUUGCCUCUAUACCCCUGGCUCACUCAAGUACACUGAAGGAGAACUAUGAAGCGGUGAAGUAUGUGCUGGAGAAAAUUGGUUAUGAUCAGCAUAAGUGGUUUAUUUGUGUUGACCUAAAGAUGGUGAACUUUUUGUUGGGACAACAGUCUGGCUUCACCAAGUACCCAUGUUUUCUGUGCAUUUGGGAUAGUAGGGACCGUGCUCAGCAUUACACGAAGAAGGACUGGCCUGUGCGGGAGGAAUUGGUGCCUUGCAAAGAAAGGAACGUCAUCAACGACCCUCUGGUGGACAGAGACAGAAUACUCUUCCCACCGCUGCAUAUCAAGCUCGGCUUAAUCAAGCAGUUCACCAAGGCUCUGGACAAGGAUGGUGACUGCUUCACUUACUUGUGCCAGGCUUUUCCAGGAUUGACCAUGGAGAAGUUGAAAGCUGGCAUCUUUGACGGUCCUCAGAUCCGUCAGCUCGUCAGAGAUCCAGAGUUCGGAAACUCAAUGAACGAAGAAGAAGAAGAAGAAGAAGAAGAAGAAGAAGAAGAAGAAGAAGAAUUUGGAUUUGAUAUCCCGCUUUAUCACUACCUGAAGGAGUCUCAAAAUGGCUAACAUUCUCCUUUCCCUUCCUCCCCCACAACAAACACUCUGUGAGGUGAGUGAGGCUGAGAGACUUCAGAGAAGUGUGACUAGCCCAAGGUCACCCAGCAGCUGCAUGUGGAGGACUGGAGACGCAAACCUGGUUCACCAGAUUAUGAGUCCACCGCUCUUAACCACUACACCACACUGACUCUCAAACGAACGAAGUGGAACUGGAAGCAUGGAAGGCAUUUGUUCUGGUAGUGAAGAACUUUCUUGGCAACAAUAAGGCCAGAAACUACGCAGAACUUGUCAACAACAUGCUGACUGCUUUCAGAAACCUGGGCUGCAACAUGAGCGUCAAGAUGCACUACCUAUUUUCACAUAUGGACCGGUUUCCUGAGAACCUGGGUUCAAUGAGUGACGAGCAUGGGGAGAGAUUCCAUCAGGACAUGAAAGAGAUGGAGACCAGGUAUCAGGGUCGCUGGGACACAGUCAUGAUGGCUGACUACUGUUGGACUCUGAAGAGAGACCUCCCUGCCGCUGAGCAUUCCAGGAGUUCCAAGAAACGGAAGUUCAAGCCCUGAAGUUUGAAAAAUGGUGAAGCAACAUGCAAUUUACGUGUACUUACCUUUAUCAAUGCCCACCAUUCAGUUUAUAGUAAACCUGACCUGAUGGAGAGAAACAGAUGCCAUUUCCUGAUUCAGCAGUGCAAAAAUACCCUAAAUCAGUUGUAGAAAUCUAGACAACAUUCAAAAAGUAAAAAAUUGUAGCCCAGUGAAAAAUAACAGCAAACCAUAAUGCAUAAAAUACCACAAAACACACAAAAUCUUUGACAAACAAGGACACACAACUCCUCCCAUGCCAGCUGCUUCUGCUGUUCUCAAAGUCAUGGUCUGGGAAAGGCUGGAGGCAGGGAGCGAGAGGAGGCAGGGAGCAAGAGGAGGCAGGGAGCUAGAGGGUGGGGCAACAGGUGGAAAAGCCAUUGCCUGCAGAAAGUCUCUCUCUUACAUGGAGAGAGUUGUAGGUCAACAACAUUUGGAGGGCCAAAGGUUCCCCACACCUGAUCGAGGGCAUUUCACAUAUUAAAUUCAGGUGGUGAAACAUACAAGAACAUACAAUAUCCUGAAGGAUGGCACGACUGAGUAACCAGAAUCCUGAACCAGGAACAGGAGACAAGGCUACACGACACCAUUAUAUUGCAGUUCACCCUUUUUGAUUCUAAUAAGCUUUCAAUCAGUUCUUCUCUAGAAUGGCUUAACUGAAUGAUGGGUCAAGGAAUCACUGUAGCUGAAUCAUGUCUGGGUUCAUAUUUCUGCAUGCUGGCCAGGCUAAUAAAAGAUCCAUGCAUGGAGAAAGCUGACUCACAAGGAGAGCAUUUGGCUAGGACAUUUCCCCCUGAUGUGCUUGGUUUCUAUGUGCAGGGAAUCCACACAACUCUUUUUAUUUUUAAAAAACACACAACAGCAGACAUAGAUCAACAUCACACAGAACACAGUACAUAGGGUAGGAUCUAAUGUUUGUCCUACUUAGAGUAGACCUGCUGAAGUUAAUGAGCAUGACUAACUUACCGGUAGGUUUAUUCAGUUUAUUGGGGCUACGCUGAGUAGGACUCGCAUUAUUAUUAUUAUUAUUAUUUAUCCAAUUCGUUCAACACAGAAAUUUUGAAUGUAACACUGGAAAAGAAAGAUAUUGUAAACUGCCCUAUGAUCCUUGGAUCCUUGGAUAAAUAAAAUUAAAAUUAAAUAUAAAAUAAAUAGGAAAAUAAAAUAAAAGUAACAUACAAAACCAUUUCCUUACCUUUAGUAUAAAAUGGUAGAAUUUCGAAAGGACUUUGCCAUAUGUUAGUUGUAGGUGCAUAGCUUGGUUCUAAAGUGGUGCAUCCAUUAUUUUCAGGUCCCCCUUUAAAAAUAAGAUAGUUGAACUUUCCAUCUUAAAAAUCCCUUGACAUAACUUUGUAGGAUAGGAUUGAAAACUCAUCUGAGUCUUUCCCCCUUUUCCCCUUACAGGCUCCCCAUAUGCCGUUUCCAGCCGCAAUGACAUAGAUGGGAAUGAAGUUGUGUAUUCACUCGCGAUGAGUCCUGGUGUGAACCCAGAUAGUCUCUAUUCUUUACCAGAGAGCAAAUCCGAUCCUGGAAUGCAACCUGGAGAGAAUGUGCAAGCAAUUUAUGCAGUGCCAAAGAAAGAGAGAUCUUGAGUAGAGCCAUGGAUCGAAUGUUAGCUACAGAUGUGGAAAUUCUGGCUUGAUGUCUAUGUCCACACUAACUAUAAAGCCAGUGGCCAUGGACGAGUGUCCUUGAUCUCUCAGCUUCAGUCAGGAAUAGGCCAUAAACAGUCUUGGCUUCCCCCAGAGAAUUCGGGUUAUUAGGAGAUUCCUGUUUUGGCCCACAGAGCUACAGUUUCAGAGUUCCCUGUGAAGAGGAAUUGAUUGUUAAACCACUCUGGAAAUUGUAGCUCCAGAGGCGUAAUAGGGGGAUCUCAUAACAGGGUUGCCAUAAAUCGGACACAAAAGGUUUUUGAGCUUUUUUGGGGAAAGUUGUUGAGCUUUGGAAGAUUGCCCACAGAAAGUUGGCAACCCUAUCAUAACAGCACUCAGUGCCCUUAAUGAACUACAGCUCCCAGAAUUCUUGGGGGUGAAGCCAAGACUGUUUAAAGUGGUAUCAUAGUGCUUUUAAUGUAUGGUGUGCAUGCAUGCCUCCCUCAAGAACCUGUGGCCUUCCAGAUGUGGACCCACCCUUCCCUUACACCCUGCUUGGGGGCUGAAUAGGAUUUUUUUCGUAAGCCCCCAGUUGGCCUGGGGACUCACUCCUCUUUUUUUGCUGACGCCAUUCUGCUGGGAGUCCUGUUUUUGGAUUGGUGUUCUGGACUGGUUUAGUUGGCUUUCAUUUUGGGCAGGAAAGACAAGUUAAGAUCUGGUGGGGCAAAUACCUGAGGCAUGAUUGGGUUAAGGGCACUCUUUGCCACCCUACACUGCCUUGACGUUGGGUCCUUUGGGAUGUCCUUUGGCCUUGGCAAGUGCCUGGGCGUGAACUCCAGCCCGGUGGUGCCACAGUGCGCUUGUCAGGUUCACAUGCCCAUGGGGACAGCAUCUUAGGGGUGGGCAGGGCCAGAGGUGGAUGUGGUUGAGGCAAUUGUUGUGACUCUUCCCUUUAUAGAACAGGCUACUUACCAGCCAUGCAAAAGUCAGAGGUUUCUGCUUACACCCCCAUCUAGGCAAGCAACAGGCGUUGUUCCAAGAAGUGUGUCAAAGAGAGAUCUUUCCCAGUCUGCAUCUGUAUUGGAACUGUUUUAAAUAUGUUUUUAUUAUUUUUAUUACUUUGUUGCUUGGUGUUUUCUACCUUGAAUGCCUUCAGGAGGAAGGAUGGGAUAUAAAUUUAAUGAACAAAUAAAAUUUAAAUAAAUAAAUAAAGCAAGUAA